CGGGCGCCUUCAAAAGUGCGGACGGAGCGCAGGGAGCGGCGCGGAGCCCCCGGAGCAGCAGCGUGAGCCAUGAAGACGAAGGUGUUCCUCGGCCUCAUCCUCAGCGCGGCGGUGACCGCCUGUCUGUGCCGGCCGGCAGCGAAGGCCCCGGGGGGCUCCCACCGCCCCCCCUCCAGCCCGGCCCGGCGGGAUUGGCCCGAGCCCCCGUCCCAGGAGCAGCAGCAGCGCUUCAUCUCCCGCUUCCUGCCUCACGUCUUCGCAGAGCUGAGCGACCGCAAAGGCUUCGUGCAGGGAAACGGGGCGGUAGAGGCCCUGCACGACCACUUCUACCCCGACUGGAUGGACUUCGGCCGCCGGAGCACCGAGGAUGCGGCCGAUGCUGCGUAGCCCCGCGCGGAGCCCCGACACUCUCAGCACAUCUCUGGUCCCGCAAUAAAGCUUUGGCACUCCCAGCUCUGCUGCUGCUGCCGUUGGGAGGUGCGGCUGUGGGGGAGACAGCGAGCUGCCUCAGGUGGUCGCGUUUAUUCCAUAGAGAUGGGGCACAUCUGCAGGCAGCCCCGCGCAGCGCUGCUACAUCUAUUUGUGGGGCAGAAAAGAGUUUAGAAAACACCGCUUUAAAACCGCCGCUUGCUCUAG